AUGGCCAGUUCAAGCAUCGUAAAUGCCGCCGUGUUUGCUGUAGGAGCACUCGUUGGUGGUGGCGUCGCCACCGUUGUGGCCUCUCGCAACAAAAAAGUGGACAUGCCUCCCCCGACCGGACCCGGACUGGCGCAGAGGCCAACGACGCCGCCCAUUAUGGACACCAAAGAGGGCGUGCUCGUCGUCCCGCCUCCAGGAGCACAAGUGCAGACGGACAUGGCCGUCUUAAAGUACGGACAUCCAGGACCGGUCUCGGACUUGCUCGUGCGGCGGGCGUACGUCACCGCGUACGAUCGUCGGCUUCGCCAUCCUGCGUGGACAGCGGAGCAUCUGACGCUGGCGUCCCUCGGCAAGUCACCGCUGCAGGAUAAGGAGGCGCGGGCGGCUGCGGACCGCCAGAACUCUCAGUUUAAGGAGGAUCAGUCCGUACCUGCGAUGUUCCGCGCGAGGCUGCAGGACUACUUCCGCAGCGGGUAUGACCGCGGGCAUAUGGUUCCUGCAGCAGACGCGAAGGCGUCGCAGGAUGCUAUGGACGAGACGUUCUUGCUCACUAACAUCGCACCUCAAGUCGGAGAGGGGUUCAAUAGGCACUACUGGGCAUAUGUUGAGGACUGGUGCAGAAGGCUCACGGGGUCUUUCAAAGACGUUUACGUCUUCACCGUGCCCUUGUACCUGCCCAAGAUGGAGGCUGACGGGAAGUGGCGUGUGAGCCAUGAAGUCAUUGGUUCACCUCCCAAUGUCGCUGUACCGACACAUUUUGCCAAGGUUGUGCUCACAACCAAACCCAAGUCCCCGUCGACCCCCGACGUUCUGGAAGUCUUCACUGGGGCCUUUGUGCUGCCAAAUGCCGUGAUCCCUGACGAAGCCAAGCUAGAGAGCUUCGUGGUGCCAGUUGAUGCGGUCGAGCGAGCUGCGGGUCUGACAUUGAUCUCUGAUGCCGUGAAGGCGAACUCGAAGCACAUUUGCCAGUCGACACAGUGCGAGGUUAUUGUCCGCCGCUUUGACGAUGCUCGCAAACGUCCCGACAUGCGCCGGGUGAUCUCCGCUCCCAAGUAA